AGUAAAACUCGGUGCUGGGAGAGGGAGAGUUCAUGCUUGUGCUGAGGAGUUUCGGUGAAGUUGGAUGGGAUUUGGCAGGUUGACGAGCAUGGAGCUCCCGAUGUGUUGGGUUUGGGUUUGUGUCCUGUUCAGCGUGCCGCUCUUUGGAUGUCUGGAGAUACACCUUUCGGAGACUUUACAGCCCGGGACCCUUUUGGCAAACCUGUCGCUUGGACCCGGAUGGACUUUUAAACUUGACAGGACUUUAUCUCCCAAAUUCAUCCAGAGUUUUUUCCAAGUGGAGAGACACGACGGGGUCAUCCGUCUGUCCCACAAAGUGCAGUGCGCUCACACAGCCAGGAACCCGGCUCCUGUUUAUUUCAGAACAGGUUCCUCCACAUCUGGGGACGUGGUUCUGACACAGUUUAAUGUGUUCGUCCACGGCCAGGACUGUUUUAUUAAAUACAAGAGAAAGAAAGCGUCAGCUAAGCCAGACAUUCACAUUAAACACCUUACAAAACUGGAGGCGACUUCCUGCUUACCUGCAGGUAAACCUCUGCUGAACGUAACGGAGCGUCUGCCCACCUUUACGCACAGCGUCGUGUUUCUGGACAGCGUGUGUGUUGGCAAAGACGUGAGCGCAGUGUUCAGGAGUGGGGUGCUGUUCCUGGCCACUGACUUGUGUCUGGAGCACCGAGGACAGACAGAGGCGAGUUUGCACUGCUCUCUGCACAGCUCUGCAGGCGGCAGGCUGUCUGUGCAGCUGAGUUUGACGCUUGUGAAAGCGCACAAACAACGUGGGUCCGUCCAUGAAAGCAUGCUGAGAAAGUCUGGGGAAUUGAUCCGUAGAGGGAAGCGACAGGUAAACGCGGCUCCUCAGUUUCAGCUCCCCAACUAUCAGGUGUCUGUGCCCGAGAAUGAGCUGGCCGGUACGCGGGUUAUCACCCUGAAAGCCACUGACCCGGAUGAUGGAGAGGCAGGGAGGCUGGAGUACAGCAUGGAAGCCUUGUUUGACAGAAGGUCCAAUGACUUUUUUGACAUAGACUCCCAGACAGGGAGCAUAACAACCGUCCAGUCACUAGACAGAGAAGUCAAAAACACCCAUGUUUUCAAAGUCACUGUAAUUGACAACGGCUCCCCCAUAAGAUCUGCCACUUCUUACCUCACUGUCACUGUGAGUGACACCAACGACCACAGCCCGGUGUUUGAGCAAACUGAAUACAGCGUGAGCAUCCGGGAGAACGUCGAAAUGGGGUUUGAAGUGAUGACAAUCCGAGCCACUGAUGGGGACGCUCCCUCCAACGCCAACAUGAUUUACAAAAUUGUCAACGGAGACGGGGUUAACUCUGUGUUUGAAAUCGACUCGCGGAACGGCCUGGUGAGGAUCAGAGAGCGGCCUGACAGGGAGAUCCGGGCCAAGUACCAGCUGAUUGUCGAGGCCAACGACCAGGGCAAAGACCCAGGCCCCCGCAGUGCCACUGCUACUGUCAAGAUCUCUGUGGAGGAUGAGAAUGACAACUACCCACAGUUCACUGAAAAGAGGUAUGUUGUGCAGAUCCCAGAGAAUGUGGCAGUCAACACCAAAGUCAUUCAGGUGGAAGCCACAGACAAAGACGAGGGGAACAACGCCAAAGUUCACUACAGCAUCAUCAGCGGCAACGUUAAAGGACAGUUCUACAUUCACUCCCCCACUGGUGUGAUUGAUGUCAUCAAUCCUCUGGACUAUGAGAUGAUUCGAGAGUAUAAUUUGCGGAUUAAGGCUCAGGACGGUGGCAGGCCUCCUCUGAUAAAUGGCACAGGGAUGGUGGUGGUGCAAGUGGUGGACGUGAACGACAAUGCCCCCAUGUUUGUCAGCACACCUUUUCAGGCAACUGUGUUGGAAAACGUGGCCAUUGGCUACUCUGUUAUUCACAUUCAAGCAAUUGACAGUGACUCCGGAGAAAACGCCCUUUUGGAAUACCGGUUAACCGACACCUUGCCUGGUUUUCCAUUAACGAUCAACAACAGCACAGGAUGGAUCACAGUGAGUGAAGAGCUUGACAGGGAGACCACUGACUUCUACACCUUUGGCGUGGAGGCGAGGGAUCAUGGGAUACCUGUGAUGUCAUCCUCAGCCAGCGUCAGCAUCACGGUGCUUGAUGUGAAUGACAACGUACCCACCUUUACAGAGAAGGUCUACUCGCUGAAGAUCAACGAGGAUGCCGUCGUGGGUACCAGCGUGCUGACAAUGACGGCCGUAGAUAGGGACAUCAACAGCGUGGUGACCUAUCAGAUCUCCAGUGGCAACACCAGGAACCGCUUUGCCAUCACCAGCCAGAGCGGCGGCGGUCUCAUCACCUUAGCCCUCCCCUUGGACUACAAGCAGGAACGCCAGUACGUCCUGACGGUCACCGCCAGCGAUGGAACGCGCUACGACACCGCUCAGGUGUUCAUCAACGUGACGGACGCCAACACACACCGGCCCGUCUUCCAAAGUGCAAACUACCAGGUGACGCUCUGUGAAGAAAAACCAGUGGGCUCAACCGUGGUGGUGAUCAGUGCGACGGACGAGGACACGGGCGAAAAUGCUCGCAUCACGUAUGUGAUGGAGGACAAUGUUCCUCAGUUUAAAAUUGACCAAGAUACAGGCGCCAUCACUACACAAAUGGAGAUUGAUUAUGAAGACCAGGCCUCCUACACGUUAGCCAUCAUUGCCAGAGACAAUGGAAUCCCUCAGAAAUCUGAUACCACCUAUGUGGAGAUUAUCAUCCUUGAUGCCAACGAUAAUACUCCUCAUUUUCUUAGGGACAGGUACCAGGGGACCGUUUUUGAGGAUGCACCUGUCUACACCAGCGUUCUCCAGAUCUCUGCUUCAGAUAGAGACUCUGGCCCGAAUGGCAGGGUGAGCUACACGUUUCAGGGCGGUGAUGACGGAGAGGGGGAUUUCUUUAUCGAGCCUUACUCCGGUAUCAUCAGAACGGCUCGCAAACUGGACCGGGAGAAUGUCCCUGUUUACAAUCUGAAGGCCUAUGCUGUGGAUAGGGGGGUUCCGCCUCUGAAAGCUGCUGUUCCCAUUCACGUGGUAGUCCAAGACAUAAAUGACAAUGCUCCAGUGUUUGAGAAGGACGAGCUGUUCAUUGACGUGAAGGAGAACAGCCCGGUUGGGUCCGUCGUGGCCCGGAUCAGUGCCUCCGACCCGGACGAGGGCACCAACGCUCAGAUCAUGUACCAGAUUGUAGAAGGGAAUAUUCCAGAAGUUUUCCAGCUGGACAUUUUUAACGGUGACCUCACUGCACUCACAGACCUGGAUUACGAGGUUAAAACAGAGUAUGUCAUUGUGGUCCAGGCCACCUCGGCUCCACUAGUGAGUCGGGCCACUGUGCACAUCCGCCUCAUCGAUAUGAAUGACAAUAUGCCAGUGCUGCAGAACUUUGAGAUUAUCUUCAACAACUACAUCACCAACAAGUCCAACAGUUUCCCAUCAGGAAUAAUAGGAAGGGUACCAGCUCAUGACCCGGAUGUGUCGGAUAAACUGCGGUACAAGUUUGAGUCGGGGAAUGAGCUCAAUCUGCUGCUGUUGAACGAGGACACUGGGGAUCUGAGGCUGAGCAGGGACCUGGACAAUGACAGGACCCUGGAAGCACCCAUGACCAUAUCCGUCACAGAUGGCAUCCAUCGCGCCGUGGCCCUCUGCACUCUGCGAGUCACCAUCAUCACGGACGACAUGUUGACCAACAGCAUCACGGUGCGUCUGGAGAACAUGUCCCAGGAGCGCUUCCUGUCUCCCCUGCUCAGCCUCUUCCUGGAGGGCGUGGCGGCCGUGCUCUCCACCAAACGGGAGGCGGUGUUUGUGUUCAACAUCCAGAACGACACCGACGUGCAAGGCUCCAUCCUCAACGUGACCUUCUCGGCCCUGCAGCCCGGAGGCGCCCCGGGUAAAGGGACCUUCUUCCCUUCCGAGGAGCUGCAGGAGCAGAUUUAUCUCAACAGGACUCUGCUGAGGCUGAUAUCCUCUCAGGAGGUGUUGCCGUUUGACGACAACAUCUGCCUGCGGGAGCCCUGUGAGAACUACAUGAAGUGUGUGUCGGUGCUAAAGUUCGACAGCUCCCCUCCCUUCAUCGCCUCCGACACGGUUCUGUUUCGGCCCAUCCACCCCAUCAACGGGCUGCGUUGCCGCUGCCCGCUCGGUUUCACCGGCGACUACUGCGAGACCGAGAUCGACCUCUGCUACUCGGGCCCCUGCAAGAACAACGGGAGGUGCCGCAGCAGAGAGGGAGGGUACACCUGCGAGUGCUCGGAGGACUACACCGGCGAGCACUGUGAGGUGGAUGCAUCGUCGGGCCGCUGUGAGCCUGGUGUGUGUAAGAACGGCGGCAAGUGUGUCAACCGGCUUGCAGGUGGUUUCAUGUGCCAGUGUCCACCAGGGGAGUUUGAGAAACCCUACUGUGAGAUGACCACCCGCAGCUUCCCUGGACAGUCCUUUAUCACCUUCAGAGGCCUGCGGCAAAGGUUCCACUUCACUGUGUCCUUCACGUUUGCUACCAGAGAGAGGAACGCUCUGCUCCUCUACAAUGGCAGAUUCAACGAAAAACACGACUUCAUCGCUCUGGAGAUCAUUGACGAGCAGAUUCAGCUCACCUUCUCUGGAGGUGAAACAAAGACCACAGUGUCCACCUACAUCCCAGGCGGGGUGAGUGACGGCCAGUGGCACUCCGUCCAGCUCCAUUACUACAACAAGCCAAACAUUGGGCGUCUGGGCAUCCCUCAUGGUCCCUCUGGAGAAAAGGUAGCUGUGGUUGCCGUAGACGACUGUGACAUCUCCAUGGCGACUCGCUUCGGAAAGCAGAUCGGCAACUACUCCUGUGCCGCCCAAGGCACCCAGACCGGACAGAAGAAGUCACUGGACUUGACAGGACCGCUGCUGCUAGGCGGAGUUCCCAACCUACCCGAGGACUUCCCGGUCAGGAACAGAGACUUUGUGGGCUGCAUGAGAAACCUCAGCAUUGACAGCAAACCCAUCGACAUGGCAAGCUACGUCGCCAACAACGGCACCGAAGCAGGUUGUCCAGCAAAGAGAAACUUUUGCACAAACGACUUGUGUCAGAACGGAGGAGUGUGUGUCAGCAAGUGGGACACCUACAACUGCGACUGCCCAACCGGCUACGGAGGCAAGAAUUGUGAACAAGUGAUGCCAUCUCCCCAGUUCUUCGAUGGCCAGGCGCUGGUCUCCUGGAGCGAGACGGACAUUACCGUUGCUGUUCCCUGGUACAUGGGCCUCAUGUUCCGCACCAGGCAGCCUGCUGGCACCCUGAUGCAAGCCAAUGCCGGAGCCCACUCCACCAUCAAUCUCAUGGUGAGUGAGCAGCAGAUUCAUAUGGAGGUGUCUCUGAGGAAGCAGCUGGUGGCUGCGCUGAGCUUCCCCCAAGUUCGCGUCAACGACGGGGAGUGGCACCACUUGCUGGUAGAGCUGAGAAGCGCCAAAGACGGCAAGGACAUCAAAUACAUGGCUCAUGUGUCAUUGGACUACGGCAUGUACCAGAAGUCGGUCGAGCUCGGUAAUGACCUCCCAGGAUUAAAGCUGCAAACUCUUCAUGUAGGAGGUUUGCCUGGAGAGGGGAACCAUGUCAUAAAAGGAUUUAUUGGCUGCAUACAGGGUGUGCGUAUGGGUGAGACGUCCACCAACGUGGCCAACGUGAACAUGGCUCAGGGCCUGAAGAUCCGCGUGGAAGACGGCUGUGACCUGGCUGACCCCUGCGACUCCAACAUCUGCCCUGAGAACAGCCACUGCAGCGAUGACUGGAGCACGCACACCUGUGUCUGUGACCCCGGUUAUUUCGGGAAGGAGUGCGUGGAUGCUUGCCAGCUCAACCCUUGCGAGCAUGUUUCCACUUGCGUUCGCAAACCAAGUUCCUCUCACGGCUACACCUGUGAAUGUGGACAGAACCACUACGGACAAUACUGUGAAAAUAAAGUGGAGAAGCCAUGUCCUCAAGGUUGGUGGGGCAGUCCCAUGUGUGGACCCUGUAACUGUGAUACGAACAGGGGAUUUCAUAAAGACUGCAACAAGACCACUGGAGAGUGUCGCUGCAAGGAAAACCACUAUCGGCCUGACGGUGAGGACACUUGCUACCCCUGUGAGUGUUUCUCUGUUGGCUCCGAGUCUCGAACAUGUGACGCCAUCACUGGGCAGUGCCCCUGUAAAGGAGGAGUCAUCGGCCGUCAGUGUAACCGCUGUGAUAACCCCUUCGCCGAGGUCACUCCUAUUGGAUGCAAGGUGGUGUAUGAGGGCUGUCCCAAGGCGUUCGAUGCAGGCAUCUGGUGGGCCAAGACCAAAUUUGGACUCCCCGCCGCCAUGCCCUGUCCCAAAGGAUCAAUUGGUACUGCUAUUCGCCACUGCAACGAUGAGAAGGGCUGGUUGUCGCCUGAACUCUUCAACUGCACCACGGCCACCUUCGCCCAUCUGAAGAAACUGAAUGAGGACCUGCGCCGCAACGGCUCCAGGAUGGACAGUGAGCGUUCCAAGACCAUUGUCCGCAUGCUCCAAAGCGCCACCAACAACACCCAGCAUUACUACGGCAAUGACGUGAAGACCGCCGCCCAGCUGCUGAACCACGUGCUGCAGUACGAGAGCCGGCAGGCAGGGUUCGACCUCACCGCCAUGAGGGACGCAGAGUUCAACGAGAACUUGGUUCGAGCAGGUAGCGCCAUACUGGAUCCUGACACCAAGGAGCACUGGGAGCAGAUCCAGAAGACUGACGGCGGCACCGCCCAUCUGCUGCGCAACUUCGAGGACUACGCCAACACCCUGGCACAGAACGUCAGGAAAACCUACCUGAAACCCUUCACCAUCGUCACUGACAACAUGAUUCUAACCGUGGACUACUUGGAUGUGUCGAACCCGGAGAGGGCGACGCUGCCUCGGUUCCAGGACAUCCAGGAGGAAUACUCCAAAGAGCUUGGGUCGUCCAUCCAAUUCCCCCGGUUUGACCUCCGCACUCAGGGCCACAGAGCAGAGCCCACCCAUGGCCCUCCAAGUCAGACAGAUUCCCCACAGGAGGAGGAGCACACCCUGUCCGAUAGGAGACGCCGCCACCUUGAGCACGCUGCUCCUCUGCCAGUUGCCGUCGUGAUAGUGUACAAAACGCUGGGGAAGCUCCUCCCGGAGAGAUACGACCCUGACCGCAGGAGUCUGAGGCUCCCCAACCGUCCCGUGAUCAACACAGCCAUAGUGAGCGCCACGGUCCACAGUGAGGGUCCGCCUCUUCCUCCCAUCCUGGAACCCCCCAUCACCUUGGAGUACACCAUGCUGGAGACGGAGGAGAGAACCAAACCUGUUUGUGUCUUCUGGAACCACUCCAUCGCGAUCGGAGGUACAGGCGGCUGGUCUGCUAAAGGCUGUGAGGUGCUCAACAGGAACAACAGCCACAUUAGCUGUCAGUGUAACCACAUGACCAGCUUCGCCGUGCUCAUGGACAUUUCCAAGAGAGAGCACGGUGAUGUUCUCCCCCUGAAGAUUGUCACCUACACCACGGUGUCGGUCUCCCUCUUCCUCCUCCUCCUCACCUUCAUCUUGUUGUGCCUCCUUCGCCGGCUCCGCUCCAACCUCCAUGCCAUACACAGGAACCUGGUAGCGGCGCUCUUCUUCUCUGAGCUCGUCUUCCUGCUCGGCAUCAACCAGACUGACAACCCGUUUGUGUGUACGGUGAUAGCCAUCCUCCUACACUACUUCUACAUGUGCACCUUUGCCUGGAUGUUCGUGGAGGGGCUGCACAUCUACCGCAUGCUGACGGAGCUGCGGAACAUCAACCACGGCCACAUGAGGUUCUACUACGCCAUGGGCUGGGGCAUACCGGCCAUUAUCACUGGUUUGGCAGUUGGUCUUGACCCUCAGGGUUAUGGGAACCCAGAUUUCUGCUGGCUUUCUGUCCAUGACACACUCAUCUGGAGCUUCGCAGGACCCAUCUUUGUAGUCGUGCUGGUCAACAUAGUGAUCUUUAUUCUGGCUGCAAAGGCUUCAUGUGGUCGCAGGCAGAAGGCUAUGGAGAAGUCAGGAGCUAUUCCUGCACUUCGAAUGGCCUUCCUCCUGCUGCUGCUCAUCAGCGCUACCUGGAUGCUCGGCCUAAUGGCGGUCAACAGCGACGUCAUGACCUUCCACUACCUGUUCGCUGCCUUCAGCUGUCUGCAGGGAGUCUUCAUCUUCUUCUUCCAUGUGAUCUUGAACAAGGAGGUGAGGAAAAACCUCAAGAACGUCUUAACAGGAAAGAAGAGCGUCCCAGACGAGUCCAGCACCACGAGGGCCUCGUUGCUCACACGCUCUCUCAACUGCAACAACACGUACACAGAGGACGGCCAGCUGUACCGCUCGGGCAUCGGCGAGUCCACCGUCUCCUUGGACAGCACGCUCAGGUCAGCCAAGAGCCGCAGCAGCUACCUGGCAUACACACUCAGGGAGGAGUCUGGUCAGAAGCCCAGCGUCUCCUCAGGAACAGCCAAAGGACACACAGAUCUGGAUGGACCUCUGUUCCACAGGAACGGCACCAAGGGAGAUGACUCUGACUCAGACAGUGAGCUGUCAGUCGACGAACACAGCUCCUCCUACGCCUCUUCCCACUCCUCCGACAGCGAGGACGACGACAUCGAUGUCAAGCCCAAGUGGAACAACGAGAGGCAGCCCGUUCACAGCACCCCUAAAGCGGAUUCAGUAUCCAAUCACGUGAAGCCCUACUGGCCAGCAGAUGCCACCACAGCCAGUGACAGCGAGGACCCCUGCGGGGCAGAGAGGCUCAGGGUGGAGACCAAGGUGAACGUGGAGCUCCAUCAGGAAAACAAGCUCAACCACAUCGGGGAGAGAGAGAGGGAGACUCCCCCGGAGAGAGACAACCAAACACCUGGUAAUGCCAGAGACGCAUCUCCAGCUAGCCAGCCCCACGGCAACAGCAACCACCAACCAGAGCAGAGGAAAGGUAUUUUAAAGAACAAGAUCAGCUACCCCCCUCCGCUGACUGACAAGAACAUGAAGAACCGUCUGAGGGAGAAGCUGAGCGACUACAACACCCCCACCAUCACCUCCCCACCCCCCAACAACAACCACACCUCCUCCUCCCCGGCCCUCUCCUCCGUCAACAUCAUGACCCCCUCGUCCCGGCCACCCUCGCUGGCCUCCAACGAUGGAGGUCGCCCCGGCAACCACGAAAACAGCUCCCUCAUCAAGCCCCCCGUCGCCCCGCGGCCGCAGAUUUCAACGGGGGCCCCGCCAGCGGGCAUCUACCGGGAGACCAACGGUGGAGUGGCGAUGCACUUGAAGUCGGGGACGAUCAACGGAGACAACGAGUCUGACUCAGAGAAAACUCAGACCAGCCCGCCCUUGUGAGAGGAGGAGCGAAGAACCUGCUGGGGGAGGAAGAAGAAAGGAGGAGAACCGAGAGGACUGGAAUAAAAAGAAUAGAAAAAUUUAAGACGAAGUGCUGCAGAUCGGUUGAAAGGAGAGAAAAAGAAGUUCUCCGUGCCUGAUCUGUCCAUCCGUCCCUCCGCUCAUGGUCCCUCUCUUUGGAGAGCAGUAUUAAUUGCAGACUUUAAGACAAGAAAAUAAGCAGAGAUAAUGAAAAGAUGUGAGAAAUAAAAAAGGGAAUGCCGGACUGUAUCAUGAGAGGAUGCAAUGGAGCCACGUGUGCCAAAACCACUGUAGGAAACGGGGAGUCAGAAGAUUGAAAAAGCCCUGAAAUGGUGUUCCUCCGUGGUGGUGAAGUCGCCCCCUCAAUGGGUAAUGUUAGGAAAGCUGGAAAAGUCACAUCAAUAAGCACUGCGCUUGAACCCAGACUCAAAUACAUGCUGGUACAUAUGAUGUCCAAAAGGAUUUCAAGGACUACAAGUCCCUUAAUACGUCAGACAUAGCACCACCUGUUCUAUUGGGACACAUCAGACUCUGAUACUGGACAGCUCAAUCACACACCAAGUGCUCUUCUUUUUUGUUUUGUUUUUUUUACUCAAAGAAAGGCUUCCCCAGCCUCUCAAUGCAUUUAGAGUGUAAUUAACAUGUAGAUAUUGUUAAAGGUGAAGAAGAAAUGAUCUAUUUUGUAUUUCAGCUGUAGCGAGGACACGUUUCUAACUAAUAAUCAUCUGCCUGUGUUGAGUUGGGAAAGCUCUGCGAUUGUGAAAAUCACUUUAUAUGCUGGUUUACUUCCACUUGAGAACAAUCCUGAAUCGAGGCCUUACAAAAACAAACACAUGCUGUAUUGGCCUGUUGUAGGCUUUCCAGAGAUUUACAGCAUAUUCUGCUAUACAGACACAUGCACACACACACAUAUGAUGGCUGCAAGACUGUUAUGUUUGUUUGUGAGAGUGACCUAGAAUGUCCCAAGUAGAUACGCACACAAGCAGUGAGCAUAUAUGAACAUUAAUUAUGUGAAAUGGAGAGGGAUUCAUCCUCCAGAUGAAAACUCUGUUUUUCAGUUCGAGCACUAUGAACCAGAAGCCUUCUUUUCCAGUGUCUAUCCCGCCUGUUUGUCCAAUACAACACACUCCUGGUUACCAAUGUCAUGAACUACAGUAAAUGUGCACAUUGGGGUUGGAGUCAUUUUUAACUCACUUUUAUUCCGGAGAAAGGUAAAAAAAAAAAAAAAAAGACAUUUGUUGAUCUUUAGUGGCAUAAAAAUACAGCAGAAGUUAAGAGGUUUUCUCAAGAUCUUCGACUUUUAGGCACUAACUUAUGGAGGCGUAGUCAAAGCCUUAGGUAUAAAUAAAUGUCUGUCUUCAAUGCUGAAUUUUUGGAUCUGAGUUCAAAGUUGAAAUUAAGCCAACUCUUUGCAUUUUGCAGCUAACUGAAAGUGUUGUUUACCACUCACUAAAUGCCUUCCUACCACUUGUACAACCCCGGUGUUUUCCUUCCCUCCUGUAAUCAAUGCUUUUGAUAAAUGUCCUUGUUCUUUUUUUAUCGAUCCCAGACACUGGAAAUGUUUUGUAACAUAAUGUAUAUUUAUUUUUUAUGGUU